GUGUGUGUGUGUGUGUGUGUGUGUGUGUGUGUGUGUGAUUUCAAAUUUACUCAUGGAUGCUUUAUUUGUUGGAAUUGAGAUGGAAUGGAGUGAUCCUAAACCCUGACAGGAACCAGAACUAGGCCCCAUGGAAGGAGGUUUGUAGGAAGCACAGCCAAAAGACAGAAUUCAUUAUUUAGACUCCAGGAAUAUGUGUCUUUAAAUACUAUACAGAUCUGACAAUGUUGUUUAUCCUGACCUGAUUUGUCACCUUACGUGACUCUCAAUCACUUACCGGGCAAUAACACAUUCGCAUCUAGAAGGUACUGCUGUGUCAGUAGAGAGAGGGAGGGUUAUAGGAAGGGUGAAGGGUGGUUGUCUGUCUCAGAGUCAAGCAGGGGAGGGGUUCAGGGAGGACUGAGGUUGGAGGAGCAGGGGUUAGAGGUGAGGUGGUUUGUCAGACAGGGAAAGCUGAACAAAAUCCCACUUACUUGUGUGUGUGUCUGUGUUGUAUGUGCGUGCAUGCAAGUGUGUAUAAGUGUGUUAAAGUCCUGACCCUUAGAGCUUAUCUCCAUCCAACUAAACAUUAAUUACAGCUUCAGUAAAGACCUUAACUUGAUCAGUUAAGCAGGACCAGGAAUUACAAUGUGCCCAAUGCUAACAUUAGCCACUGAAUAAAGUGUAAUGUGAAAAGGUGAGGGAUACUGAUGGCACAAGCCCACAGUCAAUCAAGCAAUGUCAACACAGAAAGCUAGAUAGUUAGCCUAGCAUAAUUUAGUCACAGUGACCACCAUGAUAGAACAGACAGCAAGCUAGCCAUAGUUAACCAAGCAUUCUUCAGUGACAGCCUUGUCAAUACAGACAGCUGUCUAGUCGUAGUUAGCUUAGCAUUGCUCAGUGACAGACAUGUUAAUACUGCUAGCUAGCCACAGAUAGUCUAGCAUUGAUCAGUGGCAAAACUAGUUGUUGUUCAACAACAAAAUGGCUCUUAUGUUACCACACUUAUCGUUCUCUGUUCCAGGCCAGGGGUUGUGGUGUGAGAGGCUGGGACUGGGCCCGGAGCAUGGAGCUGUGCUAAGGAAGGUUCUAGAUCCAAGGCUAGGGGCUGUGAUUAAGACCUGGUGUUGGAUUGAGGCUGUAAUGAUGCAGCCACAGAGGCCUUGUCUGUCCAGGUGGAGGGUCCUGCUCUGGUCCACACUACUCCUCCUCAGUCCCCUCAGAGUCACAGGGCAUCCCUAUACAAUUGUAGAAGAUGGCUUGCCUUGGGAGGCCGGGAGUGGUGACCAAACUGUGAGACGAGAAAAUUGGAAUCCAUGUCUGGAGGGCCAGGAUGUGUUUUCCACGGUUAGAGAGAACAGCAUGAUGGGAGAACUUAUCAUUGAGCUUAACACAGAGCUGACAGCCAAUGAUGUUGUCUGGAGCCUAACUGGGGAGGAUGCUGAUUGGUUCUUCCUGGAAGGGCGGAGCAUCAGACUCAAGGCCCCAUUGGACAGAGUUCUGGACCGGGAGGUUCAGGGCCCAGUCCUGAUGGCAGCGUUGACCUGCUUUGAGGAGGACAUUGUGCAGAGUGAGUACAGGAUCAUGGUGGAGAUUCUGAAUGAGAAUGAUAACACUCCUGAGUUUGUGGAGAGCACCAUUCAGCCUCGCAACAUCAGUGAGCUGGCUGAGGUGAAUACAGUGGUGUUUACAGUCCAGGCCACAGAUGCAGAUGAUGACACCAUCAUGUACUCCAUCGACCAGACCUCGCCUGAUGCUGCAUACUUCAGAGUGGAUCUCCCUAACAGUGGAGAGGUGAUACUGGCCAAGCCUCUGGACUACGAGACCAAAACACAACUAGAGAUUACCAUAUCCGCUUUGGAGAUUAACACUGCAGAGAAGUUCAACACCAGUGCCAUCCUGAUCGUGAAUAUCUUGGACAGAGACGACCAGUACCCACAUUUCCUGCCGUGCACGCCCAUCUCCAACGACCAAUCAAAUCGUGUCUGCACCAAUCCCAUCUACAUGGUUAACAUCACAGAAGGCGAACAGGACAUUCUUCUGGACUUCUCUCCCGGGCCAAUCAAUGCUGUGGAUGGAGACAGAGGCCUCCGCACACCUCUCAGCUACAGCAUCCUGUCAGGGGCUGAUAGCGGGCAUUUCGUGAUGGAUGAGCUGACAGGGGAGGUGCGUCUGACAAGAGGAGUAGAGAACAGACUACAGACACCCACACUACACCUCCAAGUCAUGGCAUACCAGAGGAAUGACCCUAGGAAGUACUCAGUUGCCACAGUGGUGGUCCGUGUUGUGGCUGUCAACCACUUUCCUCCUCAGUUCAGUUGGCCUGAAUACCGUGGCUUUGUCAUCGAAGGCGACAGCCCUGCCUCACUGGUCAACACUUACGGCAACACUGUGCUGCUGAUACAGACACAGGACAGGGACUUCUCUGAUGGCAUCAAUCCCAAUAUGCACUACUCCCUGAGGUCCUCGUCCAAUCACACACAGUUCUACCACAUCACACAGGAGGGGCUUCUGAUUGCCAGAACCAAUCAGCUAUGGCCAUCACAGACACACAGUCUGAAGGUAGUGGCUGUGGAUUUGGAGUCAGGUGAAAUGGACACGGCUCUCAUAAAGGUGGAGGUGCUGUUUGAAGGACAAACAGUCCCUCAGGGCCAAUUGGGGGAUGGGCUUCUUCCUGGUAGCUGUGCAGUGGGCAAGGCUAUGGGUAUGGUCAUCCUGGGGCUAACUCUGUUAGGCUGCACUCUGUAUGCACUGCAGCAUGUACUCCAGACAUACAGAGGACUGAAGGACCCAGAGGACAGGGGCUGUAUAGCCCAGGGGAAGCACCCCAACGUGAGAUUACAAUGCUUCCAACUGGUGAGUCACAGUAGUCCCAUGCCAGUACUGGAUGAGGUGAAAUUUAAAAAAGAGGGUCUGAGCAGCUCCACCUCCAAGCUACUGGGCAGUCAGAGCAUCUACAGUCCUGCAGACUUCAACUCUUCUCCACUCAAUGCUUUACCUAUAGCUAUACCCUCAACGACCUACAUCCAGCCUAUACUACCCAGCACCACUCCUACAGACCCCAGUCAUUGCCCUGCUUCACCCAACUCCUCCCAUACACCUGCUACAACCACCACACCUGAACUACUCACAACAUCCACUCAACCCUUGGCCAACUCUAGCUUUAACACACCCACACUCCCCACACCUACCCCAAAUCUGAUGGAUGAACCUUUAUCUGCAGACAGAUUUUCACAUACACACCCCUUCCCUAUUGCAGAAGAGGUAGGUACACCCACUCAGGUAGAAGAGACUCCUAAAGACACCCACCCACCUACCUCACCUACCCAACAGCAGGUACACACACCUUUACCUCCUCCCAUUCCUAUCAACUCACCCCCCCAUGCCACCCCACCUCCUACCUCAAUUACCACACCUCUCCCUCUUUCACCUGCUGCAGACCCAAUACACACUCCAGAGUGUACAGGAGAUACUCACACACCUUUACUUACUCCACCCUGUCCAGAGCAGGACAGCGUUGGGACACCCCCACCUAAACCCACUACAGGGCAGGCACACAUACCUGUACUGACCACACCCACCCCAGAGCAGGUAGGACCACCAGGGUACCCUGAGAAGUGCAAACUCUCCACACACAGCCCUGAGAUAGCCUCCAUUGGGGAUGAUGACUCCUUCCUGGGGGAUGAGGAGGCCAUCAGGACCAGUGAUGAUGAUGAGGAUGAAGAGCUGGUGAGACUCUGUUUUCGAGUACAGCCCACAUUCCUGAUAACAGACUAUGACAAUGACAUCACUACUGAGAUCCCCCCCAGCAGUGGAGAGGACGAGGGGACUGAGAAUGGCGAAGGAGUGGAGAGAGCGAUGGAAUUGAUGGAGGGAGACAAGGGAGGGGUCGAGAGAGGCAGUGAUUAUAUGGAAGGAAAGGGGGGUCAUUUGGAGAGCGAAGCAGAGAGCUUGAAACAGGGGAGUCAAUCAUCUCAACCCUGUAAUACUGAGCAGGAAGUAUCAGUGGGCCAAUCAAAGGAGAGAUAGACAGUAACCCAGCAACACUCUCUAAUAAAAGUAUCUUUGGUGAGUUGCUGAGGCCAAAGAUGUUGGAACGCUCUGAAACACGCCCAUAUAAACACACACAGAAACACACACACAUACAGUACACUGAUGACAUCGGAACAUCCUAGACUUGCCUCAACCAAGUGUAAAUGAAACACAACACAACAGGCCAUGUGUCUGAGAUAUAGGCUACACUUCACUUGUAACAUAGACCUAUGACUUGAGUCUGUUGUGUUGCUGUGUUGUUGUUCUUAUUGUGUUGAAUGGACUCCUGCACACUGUGUGUAGGCCUACUUACAAAUAAAUAUGUAUCGUGCAUCUGUUUAUUGUCAACCCCUAUAACCAUUCUUAUUUAGUUAGAACUAAAAACACCCCUGUGAUCCUUGAUGAAAAAAAAACAGCACAGACCAGCAUACAUUUCAAGCUGUUCCAUGCUAGACCAUGCUGGUCUAUGCUGGUCAGUGCCUGUUGGAUCUU